CUGGAAUGUCAUUAAUUAGCGAGUGAAGUCGUUGAGUUCUUGGAGUCUAUCUAUACCCGAAGACUUGUGUAUAUAUCUAGGAGUUGGCUUCUCACACCCAAGACUGAAAUCUUAUUUCAUGAACUAAACAAUCGGAAGUGUGGCAGAGUCCGGCGAACUUAUGGUGAUCGCCAACCACCACAAGUCUCUCUCUGAGGGGAUGUUCUGGAGGUUAUUUCCGUUCUGGCAAUCAGGAACAACUUCUUCGUCCUCUUCUUCAACUCAGAGCCACCAAAACGGUGUUGGAUCAAGCACUCGCUCUUCGAAUUCUGUUUCUUCUGUCGCAAAAUCUCUCCUUCCGGUCAGGCGUAGACUCCGGUUUGAUCCAGCUAGCACUCUAUACUUUCCUUAUGAACCGGGCAAACAGAUCAGGAGUGCCGUUGGAAUAAAGAAUAAGAGCAGGUCUCAUGUGGCUUUCAAGUUUCAAACUACUGCACCAAAGAGUUGUUACAUGCGACCACCUGGAGGAAUUCUUGCUCCUGGAGAAAGUCUCAUUGCUACUGUGUUCAAGUUCAUGGAGCUUCCAGAGAACAAUGAGAAACAAUUAGAUCACAAGAACAAGGUGAAGUUCAAGAUCAUUAGUCUGAAGAUGAAAGCAGGAACAGAUUAUGUACCUGAGUUGUUUGAUGAGCAAAAGGAUCAAGUAGUUGUUGAACGUAUUCUGCUUGCUGUGUUUUUAGAUGUGGAACGCCAAUGUCCUGCACUAGAAAAACUAAAGCGUCAGUUGGCCGAAGCUGAUGCCACAGCAGAAACACGCAAGAAACCUCUAGUAGACACGGGUCCUCAAGUUGUUGGGGACGGGCUUGUCAUAGAUGAAUGGAAAGAGCGAAGGGAGAAAUACCUUGCUCAGCAACAGGUUGUGGAAGUAGACUCUUUGUAAAACACCACUUGCUUCUGUUGUAAGUGCUCCUUUGCCUGCAUAAGAAAUCUGCGAUCAUAUCCUACUACUACCUCAGUAGCCGGUAAGUUUGAUGGACUGGAAUGGGAGGUCCAGUCUACUACCUAAUAUGGAGAACAAAAAUGUGAUUUGAUAUAUCAUGACAUGAUCUCUAUAUUUUGCCACAAGUGCCUUAUUUUGGGAUUUGGGUUUUGUAAAUAAAGGACUUUUUGUAAGUAAACAGUAGUUGAAACAUUGAACUUAAGUAUGAAUUCCUAUACAUCAAGUCUAAUUAGUCAUCUUGGUAGCCGAAAACAUAAACAUGUCGGCCUCUCAAUAGUGUCGAGUGAAGUAAAUUUGUGUUAAAAAGUAUUCUACUCAUACCCAAUCUGUUUAUUAAUUUGUGUAUAAUAAAUUGUGUUAUAUUAAGUUUGUGUUGUGUAUAAUAAAUCGUGU